AUGACUACGCCUAAUGCAGCCUUCGACAUGGCCGACUUCGUCGAUUUCGGGGAAACGGGCAUACCCAACACGACAAAAGAAAUCAAUCUUGAUACCUCGGGAGCGCUAUUGGACGAAAGCUAUGUAUUGCACCAAGAGUCCGCAUCUCUCAUGAAGAACUUGGAUGUACAGGCCACUAGUACAGACUUCAACACCGACUUUAGCAGUUGGCUUCCACGAUAUCAGAAGCCUACCCAGCCUUGCGCGUAUUGCCGAUCGAAAUCUCUCGAAUGCUUCAUCUAUAACAAAAAUGGCUCGAACAAUUCAGGAUGCUCACCAUGCAAUGCUUUAUUUCGGCCCUGCAGUUUCAGCGAUCCGCAGAAGAUGCCGGGAAUGCAACAGAGAACUGCGCUGGAUACUCUAGAUGUUGUGGCAGAAGACGAUACGCGACACUUUGGUGGUCUAACCGGCAAGAAACAGAUGCGAUCACUAGGUCAUGUUGGUCCCAUAGACGAGAAUGGUGGGGACGAGGGUCCCAAGAAAGGUGCUGCCGCUGCUCGAUUCCCACGGGCUGCAGUCAAGGUCCUCAAAGACUGGAUACUGAUGCAUAUCGAUCACCCAUACCCAACGGAAGAGGAAAAGGAGACAUUGCAGCAACAGACGGGCCUCUCGAUGAACCAAAUCUCGAACUGGAUGGCGAACACGAGGCGAAGACAGAAGGCUCGACCGAAGCGGAGUGCAUCACCCAGCAUUCGGCCAUCGACUGGGGCUAUCAAUAUUCCAGCAGGGAAGACCUGGGAAAGCAUGAAUCCGUUCGAACGAUGGAAAAACUCUCCUCCUGAGAACGAACCUGCGCCUCUCAAUGCUAUCGCUCACGCCAUUGAAACUUUUGACCCACCGGAAUCUACCAGCCUAAGCAGUAGCUACCGCAAAGAUGCUUCCAACGACAGCACUGGAAGCUUUUCCGUGUUCAAGGCGCCUUCGAUUUCUUCCUUGGAGACACGCCUCACAAACAUGUCGUCCGGCUCUCUCGGAUCUCAUCCCUCAGCUUACUCGUACGGAUCACGACACUCUCUUGGCUCGAUGAACAGCCUCAAGUCCAAGGAAAGGCGCAGGCGUCGACGAAUUCCUACCCGAGCAGCGAAAGCUAGCCCGGAGGAGACACAGCGUAUGUUCCAAUGCACAUUUUGCACUGAUACCUUCAAGUCCAAGUACGACUGGUCUCGCCACGAAAAGAGCCUUCAUUUGUCUCUGGAGAAGUGGUUGUGUGCACCUCUUGGCGAGAUAGUGGCUGACAAGGCCACUGGGAAGCCCAAGUGUGUAUACUGCGACGAGUUGGACCCCAGUAGCGAGCAUUUGGCGACACACAAUCACACAGCUUGCUACGAAAAGGGCCCUGAGUCACGAACGUUCUAUCGGAAAGAUCACCUUCGCCAACAUUUACGACUCAUGCAUGGGUGCAAGAUGACUGCCAGCAUGGAAACGUGGAAGUCUGAAGCCCAAUACAUCAGAUCACGCUGCGGGUUCUGCGGGAAGCACUUUAAUAAAUGGCAGGAUCGCACAGAUCACCUUGCAAAAGAAUUCCGAAACGGUGCGAGCAUGAAGAAUUGGAAAGGCUGCCGGGGCCUUGAUCCCCAUGUUGCGAUACAUGUGACCAACGCCAUGCCGCCUUAUCUCAUUGCCAACGAGAGCAAAUCACCUUUCCCGUUCUCAGCAAGCAACUCCUCAAGCCUAAAGCAGCUUCACUUAAACAUUGAAAGCAAAGAUCUCGAGUACCUUUUACCAAACGUCCCAGGGAAUAUCACGACAGAUGAUCUAUCCGUCGCAUAUCAAGACGGAAGCGACUCAUCAAAUGUUGGCCCGAUUGUCCUCACAACACCUAAGGACUUUUCGACUUCAGAGUCGCCCGAGACCAACCCAAACGCCACCUGCUGGGAAAUCCUCACUCUGCGACUGGGGCGCUUUGCGAGAGAACAUAUCAAGAAGCAUGGGGCUGGGUCAGUAACCGACGAGAUGUUGCAGAAUGAAUCGCGUCGCAUUCUGUAUGACGACAACGAUCCGUGGAAUCAGACUUCUGCCGACAACCCUGAAUGGCUUAACCUGUUCAAGAAAGCUCACGGCAUCGACACGCAGCCCUCAUCACAAGAUACCACUGCACCCCACGAAGUGUUUGAAGAUCUUGGCUUACACUCCAACUCCGCCCUUGACCCAAGCUUCAACAUCAACAACUUUGCCUGCACCAACAUACCCCAUAAUGAUCCACUACGGGCAUUAUCUUUCGAGUGUUCUCUUUCUGGCUCAUUGGAUUUCAUCCAGGACCAUACACGACAGCUUUCUUCUGGACGACAGACACCCUACAGCGUCCCCGGACUAAGCGGAUCACCCACGUCACCAGCUUCGUAUGCUCCAGCAACCAACAUGACAAGCACCGAAAACCUCUUAGGCGUAUACGACCCCAUCUCCGAACUUGUAUGCAUAUCCGCCGGUACCAAUGGUCCCUGUUUCGGCGAGCAGGGCGAACUUGGCUUUGCUACAAAGACAGCUGGAUCACCGAAGAAGAGGUAUUGGUUGAACGACGCGACUGCAAGCAUGGCACCACCUUUCGUCACCACCACCGUCAACGAUCUCAUGUCUUUCCAGGCCGUAAACGAGCAGCCUUCCACGACUACUGACGAAUCUACUACGAUUCAAGACUUUCACUUCCCCUCGUGGGACGAACUCCCAGAGGACCUGCAGAACGCGACAAGCUCUGCAGAUUACAGUUCUGCGAUCCCGACCGGCACUUCUGGGGUUGAUGGUAUGUCAGCGGUGGCAGAGGGGGCUGCAGCUAUGGCGUGGGAUGACAUGGAUUUCACGAUGGAUAUGGAUAUGGAUUUGGAUAUGAAUCUUGGUCUUGACCAUCUUUGA